AUGUUUCAAAAACGCGGCCCCUAUCGUAGCAGGGGAUGCUAUGGCUAUGGCGGGCUCUUCCGCCGAUUCUCUCUCCGCCGCCGUCUAUUAGUGGGUGCCCUGAUAUGCAGCGUGCUCUGGACGGUCUUCGAGGCGCUCUAUGUCUACCAUCGCGUGGCGGUGGUCGACAGCACCCAGCAUCAGCUGGCGCGGUACAAUGACGGGACGGGACAGGCGUCGGCCGAGCGCAUCUUCAUCGCAAGCACGCACUGGAACAACGAAGCCAUCUUGCGCAGCCACUGGAACGACGCCGUGGUCCAGCUGGCGACGAGCCUCGGUCCGGACCGGGUCUUCGUGAGCGUGUACGAGAGCGGCAGCUGGGAUGAUAGUAAGGGGGCGCUUCGGGCCCUUGAUGCGCAGCUUGAUCGCCUCGGUGUGCGGCGCAAUAUCACGCUCUCCGAGAUAACGCAUCAGGAUGAGAUCUCUGUGGCACCGGCGUUGAGAGGGGCCGGGUGGAUCGACACGUCCCGGGGUCAGAGGGAGCUGCGCCGGAUUCCAUAUCUGGCUCGCCCGCGCAAUCUCUCGCUGCGGCCGCUGGAGGAUCUCGCGCGCCAGGGCAUCGUGUUUGACAAGGUGCUUUUUCUGAAUGAUGUGGUGUUCACGGUCAAUGAUGUGCUCACCCUUCUCAACACCAACGGUGGGAACUAUGCCGCAGCAUGCUCGUUGGACUUCUCCCAAGCCCCGCUCUAUAUGACACCUUUGCGCUCCGCGAUGCCAACGGCGACGAACAUCUCACGCAGACAUGGCCAUAUUUCCGCGCGACGGCUUCACGGGACCCGCUUCUCGUCAUGGCUCCUGUACCGGUGCGAAGUUGCUGGAACGGCAUGGGUGAGUUCCUUUUCCCCAGUUCACUCUGUUUUACUGAUCACAAGUUUCCCCUCGGUUUCCCCCGCGACAGUGGCCAUGCCGGUAGAACCUUUCCUGUCCACCCCUGCUCUGCGGUUCCGCGGGAUCCCUGACUCCCUAGCCCAACUCCACCUCGAGGCUUCAGAAUGCUGUCUGAUCCACGCCGACAAUCCCCUUUCCCGGACGCACGGGGUGUACCUGAAUCCUCAAGUCCGGGUUGGUUACAACGACCUGGCGUAUGCGGCCGUCCACCCGUCCACGACAUGGCUCACGCAGCAGCCGCAGCCGCAGCCAGUUGCUCUGGCGCUCUGGGGGAACAGACUACGGCGCUGGUUCACUGGGUGGUUAGUGAGAAUCAAGAAGUCGCGCAUCCAGCGGAAGGUGGCUGAGUGGGGACGGAAUCAUGAUGGCAUCCGAGAGCCAGGGACGUUUUGCUUGAUUGAUGAGAUGCAGGUUGUUGUUGCCCAUGGCUGGGCGCAUGUGUGA